AUGGAAGAGAGUAUUUACAAUAUUCUUCCUAAAUACAGUAUUCCAACUAAACACUCCAUUCUAUACAAAUAUCCUUUUCCAGCCAUUAUCCCUCCUUCUUACAGCUCUUUUGAUAACCAUUCUAAUGUAAUCGAUGUAUCAAAGUCUAUUAAAUGAGAUUAAAAAUAUUAGUGGGUCCUACUAUGUUUAAAAAGGUCGUUAUGACAUAGAAAAUGGUAUUAUUGGCAAAACUAAAACAUGUUUUAAUAUUCUUUUAUUCAUAGAAUAACUUUCUCCUAUCAAACAUAAAAUAAUGGGCACAAAUAAAUUAGAAGACUGGAUUCAAAAAGGAUCAUUAUUAUUAGAUAUUAACCAUUCCCAUAGACAAAAAGUAAAACCAUAAGUACCUAAAUCAGCAGAACGACCACUAAUGUAUGAACAUAAAUAACAGAACUAUAUCGAAACUAAUAAAAUUUAUACAAUCCUGACAAGUUCUUUAUCAGUUAAUUUAUAGCACCAAGGCAACCUUAAAAAUAAACAGAUUGGUUAAAAAAAGGAACAUACGGAAAAGUCCCUCCAUAUUUGAGCAAAAUCAAAUAGAGAAUAUACUAAUCAUUUAUGCAAUAAUAAGAAGAUUAUGCCAAUUAGAAUACCCAUUUGUAACUUGAAUCAUUAUUAAAGAAAACUAUUAUCAGAAUCAGAAUUGCAAUAAAUUAGAUAAGGACUUAAAUAGAAAUACGAUUUGAUAAAUUUCGAAUACUAGAAACACUCUCAUUAAAGGAAAUUUGA